CAGACCUAACCCAUUUUCCAAAAUGUUCAAGUUGGUGGUAUUGUCUGCUCUGCUCGCCGUAGCCGCUGCCCGUCCCGGUCACCUGUUGGAGUCCUCCCCGCUGGUCUAUGCCGCCCCAGCGGCGACGACCAUCGUCCAGGAGCCCGUCCUGGCCAAAGUGGGUGCCGUGGUCAAGAGCGUGCCCACCGCGGUGAGCCACCAGAGCCAGUCGGUGGUGCACAGCUCGGCCCAUGUGGUGGAGGACAUCGUGGCCCCGGUGGUCAAGUCCACUCCGGUGGUCAGCUAUGCUGCUCCUGCUCCAGUGGUGCACACCUCGUAUGCCGCUGCUGCUCCUGUGGUGCACACUUCCUACGCUGCUCCAGCUCCCGUUGUCCACUCCACCUAUGCCGCUGCUGCUCCCGUUCUGGCCACAUCCUAUGCCCAGGUGGCCGCAUCCUCGCCGCUGACCUACACCGCCACUGGUGUCUGUCCCUCAACUCGACACAUUCGAAGUCUGUCUCCCUUUCCAGCGACACAAGUCGAAGAAGCCAACUCCCCGUUCAACAUGUUCAAAUUGUUCGUUCUCGCUGCUCUUUUGGCCGUGGCUGCCGCCAAGCCCGGUCACCUGGCUGCUGCUCCUCUGGUCUACAGUGCCCCGGCCACCACCGUCGUCCACCAGGAACCCGUUCUGGCCAAAGUUGGAGCCGUGGUGAAGAGCGUGCCCACUGCCGUGAGCCACCAGAGCCUGACCCAGGUGCACAGCACCCCGGUGGUGGAGGAUGUGGUUGCCCCCGUGGUCAGGACCACCGCCGUUCACUCCGCUCCCGUGGUGGCCGCCGCCCCCGUUGUCAAGACUGUGGCCCCCGUCGCCUACUCAGCUCCUCUGGCCUACUCCGCCCCGGUGGCCUACUCCUCGUACUCCGCACCCCUGACGUAUUCCGCACCUGUGGCCUACUCCGCGCCCCUCUCCUACGCCGCCCCCGCGCCCCUGCUGCACCACGCCCCCCUCACCUAUGCCGCAAGCGCCUGGUAAAAAGAACGAAAUGUGCUGAAGAACGAAAGAUUUUGAACUGUGCCUUGUUUACUAGAUAGUUUGCAAAAACUUAACUCGAUAGAAUAAACGAAAUGUGAAUAUAAAACAA